AUGGGUAAAGCAGAGGGGCGAGAUAGAGAGCUCCAUGGACAUGUGACAGCAAUCACUGUUGCUCCAGAAUACCGUCGUUUGGGUCUAGCUGAUGCGAUGAUGGAACUUCUCGAGAAUGUGUCUGACAAUGUAUACAAAGGCUAUUUUGUUGAUUUAUUUGUACGCGUGUCAAACACAGUUGCCAUUGGAAUGUACCAGAAGUUUGGUUAUAGUGUUUAUCGCCGUGUUAUUGGAUACUAUUCUUCAAAUGACGAAGAAGAAGAUGCGUACGAUAUGAGAAAACCUUUAUCGAAUGAUCCGGAAAGAUUAAGCGUAGUGGAAAACGGUGAAUCUAUUUUUGUAAAACCUGAAGAUUUGACUUGA